UCGGUUCGGUUUGUGGGACUAGUAUAGAAUCAGGUGCGUUGCAGUAUAUUUGGAGACGCCAGAGGUUUUUCGCUCUUUCAUUAGGGCAUAAGCCCACUGAGUUCAGCCUCAUCAGACCAGGUCACAUCAUCACACUCAGUCUCUCUCUCAUCAUUUGCACCAGCAUGUCUAAAAAAAACGAAGAACCAGCGGAGGGCAAGGAGCCCGAGAGCAACUGGAAAGACGUGAUCUAUAAUCCAAGAACUGGAGAAUUCUUUGGACGGACUGCAAACAAUUGGGGUCUCAUCCUCCUGUUUUACUUGGUCUUCUAUGGCUUCUUGGUUGCCAUGUUUAUCUUCACUAUGUGGGUGAUGCUUCAGACACUGAAUGACGACACACCAAAGUAUCGAGAUCGGGUUGCAUCCCCAGGGUUGGCUAUCAGACCAAACUCUUUGAAUAUAGUUUUUAACAGAUCAGAACCUCUUCAAUAUGACCAGUAUGUCCAGCAUCUAGAAUCGUUUCUGCAUCGGUAUAAUGACUCCGAACAAGCCAAAAAUGACUUGUGUAUGGCGGGUCAGUACUCUGAGCAGGAUGAGGAACCUCAGAAGAAGGUGUGUCAGUUCAGGAGGAGUUUACUCCAGCGUUGCUCUGGGAUGGAGGACACCACCUAUGGCUAUGCUAAAGGACAGCCAUGUGUUAUUGUCAAGAUGAAUAGGAUCAUUGGUCUUAAGCCAGCUGGAGAUCCAUACAUCAACUGCACAUCAAAGGGUGAGAAACCUCUCCAGAUGCAGUAUUUUCCCCAUGAGGGAACUAUUGAUAGGAUGUACUUUCCCUACUAUGGGAAAAAAACACAUGAAGGCUAUGUUCAGCCUCUGGUUGCUGUAAAGCUGUUGCUUAAGAAGGAAGACUACAACUCUGAACUGAUUGUAGAGUGCAAGGUAGAGGGCUCCAACCUCAAGAACAACGACGAGCGUGACAAGUUUCUCGGUCGAGUCACCUUUCAGGUCCUGGUGACCGAAUAAAACAUCUGCUGGUGUGGACGCUAACAUGCUCUACUUUUCUUCCUGUUGUCCCUGUUCUCCUUUUAAGCCCUCCUCUGUAUGUCCUGCUGGUCCUCAGCAGGUCUCAAGGUCCUAAUUGAACUCUCCACAGACAGGCAUGACUGAUUGAUUAUUGUUAAUGAUUCCCACUCACCAUGUCUUCACAGGAUCCCCGUUUAGUCUUCUGUCUAGAAGGCAUGAGUGUCACUGAGCAAUUGUAGUUUAACUGUUGGCCUCGCAUUCCCUAGAUGUUUUGAAUUCUUUAACCAAUUACAUUGAACCCUUAAAGGGAUUUUGUUUACAUUGUGAUUUAUGAGACGGGUUAGUCGCUAUCUUAAUCCUUAGUUGGUGUUUUUGUGUUUGUGUUGCUCUGUGUGAAUAUAUUUAAUGAUCAUCUUGUCAUAUUGCUAUAAGAUUUAUGUUAAAAAAGUGGAAUUAUUUGACCGUUUUAAGAUAUGAAAUACGUAAAGAGACAAAUUUGUUACUUAAAUGCUUUUCAUAACCUCUGCAUGGAUCCUUGUUCAUGCAGAUGCCUUAAGAGCCAUUUAACAUCUUGGUACAGAUGCUAUUUUGACAAAUAAAAAGAAAACAAGUAAA